AUGUCUAACAAAAGAAGACAAAGACACUUCGUCAUUUCUCAUUCUGCUAAUAAAAAACCGAGAUAUUUCCAUAAUUCGGGUUUAGAAUUGGUUUCUUCUUCAGAGGAUGAUACCGAUCCAUCUUCCUCAAUUGCUCCUUCUAUCUCGCGGGGAUCUUCAUGUCCUCGAUGCAUAAUGCUUAAUAAAGAAAUCAAGUGGCUUCGUUUGCGUGUUGAAAAGUAUGAAGAAAGCAUGCUAGCUCGUAUCAAUAAACUGGAACGGCUUCUUGCAUUGGCUUUGAGUGGGCAGAAUGACGACAAUAGUGGAUUUGGUGUUCCUUCAUCUUAUCUUUCGAUGGUAUCUUCCAUUCCCGAGGGUGCCGUAAAUUUUGGAGAAAUAACCGUUUCUUCAAUGGAAAAUCCAGAUAUUUCCGUGAGUUCUGAGGCAUCGGGUUUUCCAGAGACGUCCAUUUUUUCAGAGACUUUAUCGUUUCCAGAAGUCUCUUCUGAUAAUCUUCUUCCUGAAACAUCAUUCAAGAGAGUUGUUGCAGAUUUGGAGCGCGCAUGGCUAAAAAUCGUUUGUGACACUGUUUCUGUUACUUCUAAAAUCAAAUUGACUACGGCCAAUUAG